AUGCAACCAAGGGCAAGUACUGGAUCUGGUUACCGUUUUAGUGGAUCUAGUACGCCUAGCAAUUCAAGUGGAGGAUCUGAUGCAGAUGAUAAUGAGUCACAAGGCGAGGUUUUCAUAUGGGGAGAGGUUUUUGCAGACGGGGUUCCUUCCAAGACAGAUGUGUUGACCCCUAAGCUGUUAGAGUCACAUGUUAUUCUUGAUGUUCGUAACAUUGCAUCCGGUGCGAGUCACCUUGCUAUAUUAAACAAGAAAGGAGAGGUUUUUACUUGGGGAGAGGAGUCUGGGGGUAGACUUGGUCAUGGAAUUGGUAAAGGUUUUGGUAAGCCUCAUCUAGUUGAGAAUCUUGAAGAUGUUACUUUGGAUAUUGUUGCAUGCGGAGAGUUUCAUACAUGUGCUGUGUCUAAAUCUGAUGAUUUUUUCACAUGGGGUGAUGGUACACAUAAUGCUGGACUUCUUGGGCAUGGUAAUGAGGCUAGCCACUGGAUACCAAAGAGUGUCGAUGGCUUUUUGGAUGGACUUCAAGUUGUAUCUGUUGCAUGUGGCACAUGGCAUUCAGCAUUGGCAACCUCAAAUGGAAAACUAUUUACCUUUGGUGAUGGAACAUUUGGUGUUUUAGGCCAUGGUGAUCAAGAGAGUGUAUCGUAUCCAAAGGAAGUACAAUUAUUAGGUGGACUGAGGACUAUUAAGGUUGCUUGUGGUGUAUGGCAUACUGCAGCUAUUGUUGAGGUUGUUUUUCAAUCUGGUUCAAAUGUUUCAUCAUGGAAACUCUUCACAUGGGGUGAUGGCGACAAACAUUGUUUAGGCCAUGGAAACAAGGAAACCUAUCUCCAACCGAAACGUGUUUCACCCCUUAUUGAAUAUAAUUUCCAGCAGAUAGCAUGUGGACACACCAUGACUGUUGCUCUCACUACAUCUGGCCAUGUAUUUACAAUGGGAAGCACUGAAAAUGGUCAAUUAGGAAAUCCAAAUUCUGCUGGGAAAGUACCUACGUUAGUCCAAGAUAAGUUACUUGGUGAAUUUGUUGAGGAAAUAUCAUGUGGAGCGCAUCAUGUUGCUGUUUUGACAUCAAGAAGGGAAGUAUAUACAUGGGGAAAAGGUUCUAAUGGAAGACUAGGGCACGGUGACACAGAUGAGAGAAAAUCUCCUACAUUUGUGGUAGCCUUAAAAGACAGGCAUUUAAAAAAUAUCUCAUGUGGUUCAAACUUUACAUCUUGUAUAUGUAUCCGUAAAUCGCUCACUGGAACUGACCAAUCUGUUUGCUUUGGAUGUAAACUAGCAUUUGGUUUAACAAGAAAAAGACACAAUUGUUAUAAUUGUGGAUUGGUUUUCUGUCAUACUUGUAGUUCUAAAAAGUCAUUCAAAGCUGCAUUAGCUCCAACGUUCGAAAAACCUCAUCGUGUGUGUGAUAUUUGUUAUACUAAGCUUAAAGUUGUUGACACCAAUGAUCCUUCAAAGUUAAAUGGAAAAACUACUCCUUCUCACUGUUCCACAAAUGGUAGGGAAAGAUUAGACCAAGGUAUUUUAAGGUCUACAAGAACUCUCUUUUCUUCUUUUACUGAACCAAUGAAGUACCUUGAAAUAAGGAAUAAUAAGCCUGGAACUGAAUACGGUUCUACUUCUUUCGUAAGAGCUUCUUUAGUUCCAUCUCUUUUGCAAUUGAAAGAUAUUGCUUUUCCAAGUACACUGAGUUCUAUUCAAAGUGUUUUGAAGCCUUCUACUUCUCCUAGUUCAUCACAAAAUUCUACAUCCCCAUACACAUGUAGAUCAAGUCCUCCUCCACCAUAUGUCGGUCAAAGAUUUUCCGGUGGUCUUAUCAAUAGUUUGAGCAAGACAAAUGAUGUUCUUAACCAACGGGUCUCAAAUUUGCAGAGCCAAAUUCGAGAUUUGGAGGAGAGAAGUGACAUGAAAGAUGUGGAAAUUCAGAAGCUUCAGAGAAAGACUACAGAAGUUAUUGCCUGGGUUGCAGUGGAGUCUUCUUGUCAUAGAGAAGCAAAAGAAUUUAUUGAAUCUACUAAACAUCAGUUGAAGGAAAUGACUGAGAAGCUACCAGCUGAAAUUCCAGAAAGUAAUAUCUUAAGUACUAUGCGAACUCGAGCUGAAGAUUUCCUGAAAGAAUCUUUUGAAUCUGAAUCAUCAGAGUUGGAGUCCAAGCAACGAAAUGCACAUGACAUAUCUGCUGCAGAUAAUGAUGACUCUUCUAAACUAGAAAAUAUCAGACUAGUAGAAAAUGCCGACAUUGUAGAAGUUGACUCUUGUCUAGAUGAAUCAAAGUUAGAGUGUCUGCAACAAAAUGCACUUGAUAUAUCUACCACACAUAGUGGCAAUUUUGAACUACAAGAUCAUAGACUAGAAGAAAAUGCCGACAUUGUAGAAGUUGACUCUUGUCUAGAUGAAUCAAAGUUAGAGUGUUUGCAACCAAAUGCACAUGGCAUAUCUGCUGCAGAUAACGACUCUUCUAAACUAGAAAAUAUCAGACUAGUAGAAAAUGCCGACAUUGUAGAAGUUGAUUCUUGUCUAGAUGAAUCAAAGUUAGAGUGUUUGCAACAAAGUACACUUGAUAUAUCUACCACACAUAGUGGUAAUUUUGAACUACAAGAUGAUAGACUAGAAGAAAAUGCUGACGUAAAAGUUGACAAUUGUCAAGGUGAGGGAAAUUUCUAUAAUGAAAUCAAUAAACCAACAUUGGAGUCAGAGCAACAUAAUUCACCUGAUAUAACUACCUCAGAUAGUGACACUUCUAAACUGCAAGAACACAUUUAUGAAAAAAUCGACAAGACUGCAAGACGUGAUCAAUUUGAGACUGGAAUAAAUGUUCGUCAUGAAAGUAAUGGAUCGUCUAUAUCUAGUGUUGGAGAUGUGAUGUCACCCGAAAGUUCAGAAAAUGGUUCAAUAUCAGGGGACAGUUCAAGAGAUGGGUGUCUACAAGAAACACAAGUCUUUGAAAAAUUUGAGUCUGGUGUUUACGUGUUACUCAAGCUACGGGCUGACGGAAUCAAAAUUUUUAAAAGAGUUAAAUUCAGUAAGCGAAAGUUCACUGAAAGUCAAGCAGAAGAAUGGUGGAGCCAAAACAAAUGUAGAGUUCUUAGGAAAUACUGUCCACGUCAUCAAAAGCAAAAUGGAUCAUGUAACAUUACACCAAAUGUUAAAGAAAAUAUUGAAUCAUCGCUUUCUUAA